AUGUCGUCCUCGUUGCCGUUCAACGUCUCGGCCGAACUGGCCGCGCUCAAGCAUGAGAAGAAGAAUCAUGACCUCCACAGACUUCCUCCAAAUGCUACAAUCAGGCGACGGCCGCUCGACCACCCUUCCGUUCCCGACGUACAUGUCGGCGCCAGAGUUCCCAAAGUCGUCUACGUUUCGCAACGAACCCCAGUGAUUUCGGCAGUCAAGCGCGUCAAGAAGAUGCUGGGCUUGAUCGAGAAACGCGCGAUGCAGAACGCCGGCGCAACCAUCAGGUCCAAACAUAAGACCGCUCAGCUGGUGCAGGCGAACGACAAAAUAGCCAAGACUAGGGAGGAAGUCUUGGUCAAAGCAAGCGGAAGGGCAAUCGAGCAGGCGUUACGCGUGGGUGAGUGGUUCCAGAACAAGGAGAAAGAACUCCUCUGUACCGUCGUGGUCAGAGCCGGCAGCGUCAGCGUCGUGGACGAUAUCGUGGAGAUCGACCCAGAGGACAAGACCGUCGACGAGGAGCACAUGGGAGACAUCCAAGAAGAGUCAAAGAUGGAAUGCGGAGAUACAACGCUGGAACUAUUCGGCGAUGUUACUACAGGUACGGACGAGCAACAGUCGACUGGCCAUGACGAGAGCAAAGCUGGACAGCAGGUACCGAGUUCGGGAAUGGCGACGGGAGAUACGCCCGUGAAGAAGACCCGGAGGAAGAAAAAGAGAAAGCGGCCAAUGUACAAGGAAGAUGAUUUGCCCGAGGCUCGCCUCAGAUGGGUCAAGACGGUUGAGGUUGCAAUUUCUUUGCAGGGUUGA